CGAAUAAUUAACAUUUAUACCAUAAAUUAGAAGAUAGAAAUUCAAGACCAUAAUUUCCUUCAUGGAUAAAAACCUGCGCCGAUGUAUUAGUCGCUCGAGAAAAAGUCCAAGUUCAGCUUGUGUGGUUCCCUCUCGCUGUGGAAGACUUGUGUAAUGUGUAGAAGUCCAAUUUUUUUGUUCAUGUCUGCACUGACCAAAGAAAGGAAAAAAAAAGGUUCAUGUCUGCGAAUUACUCCAUAAUAUAGCAUUUUUCUUUUAGAUUGAUGCCAAAUAUCAAAGGUAUAGGACAUUACAGAACAAUGAGCUGUCUUUUCUCUAUGCUUUUUUAUGUUUGCUCGUCUUGUUUGUUGUGGAUUCUCUCUGUUUCAGCUGAUACAAUCACUCCAAACCUCUCUCUUAGUGAUGGCAAGACCUUAAUUUCAAAAAGUGGAGGCUUUGAACUGGGUUUUUUCAGUCCAGGUAGUUCCAAGAACCAGUACUUGGGAAUUUGGUACAAGAAUAUCCCAGUCCGAACUGUCGUUUGGGUGGCCAACAGGCAAAGCCCAAUCAAAGAUUUGUCCGGCACAUUGAUGUUCAACAAAACAGGCAAUCUUGCUCUCGUCAGUCACAAAGAUGGUGUCGUUUGGUCGUCGAAUUUACUGAAACAAGUCCAGAAUCCAGUGGCACAGCUAUUAGAUUCUGGAAAUUUUGUCAUCAGAGAAGAAAGAGAAAGCAAUUCAGACAUUUAUGUGUGGCAGAGCUUUGAUCAUCCAUGUGAUACGUUGUUACCAGGUAUGAAACUUGGAUGGGACUUAAGGGUUGGUCUGAACAGACGGCUAUCUUCAUGGAUGAAUUUCGAAGACCCUUCACCUGGAGAGCUAACUUAUGGCAUAGAACUUCAUGAAUAUCCUGAGUCAGUUAUGUGGAAGGGCUCAAAAAUAUACAGUAGAAGUGGCCCCUGGAAUGGCCUUCGAUAUAGUGGUACUCCUAACUUAAAGCCCAAUCCCUUGUAUACAUUCAACUUUACCUCUAAUGAGGAGGAGGUGUACUACACAUAUCAGCUCAAGAAUGGAUCUGUAAUCACAAGGCUUGUUUUGAACCAAACCACCUCUAAGCUAGAGCGCUCUGUUUGGAUUGAAUCUGAGCAGAUUUGGAAGCCAUAUUUCUCAGCGCCACUAGGCUAUUGUGACAAUUAUGGUCUUUGUGGUGCCAACGGAAUAUGUGACAUUACUGGCUCACCUGUUUGCCGGUGUUUGAAUGGAUUCAAGCCAAAAUCACUGGAAAGAUGGAAAUUGAUGGAGUGGUCACAUGGAUGCAUACGCGAUAAGCCUCUGAGCUGCCAAAGUACGGAAGGCUUUGAUAAAUUUGAAGGCGUGAAAUUGCCAGAUACUACUAAUUGUUGGGUGAACAAAAAUUUAAACAUUAGUGAAUGCAGGGACAAGUGCUUAAAGAAUUGCACUUGCAUGGCUUACACAAACUCUGAUAUUAGAGGAAAUGGCAGUGGUUGUGCAAUCUGGUUUGAUGAUCUGACUGAUAUUAGCCAGGUUUUUGCUGGCGGAGACGUUUUGAACAUAAGAAUGCCGGCUUCAGGCUUAGGGACAAACAAUGAGGCUAAAGGGAAAGCGGAUCUUGGAGGAAAAAAAGAUGGAACAAAAUGGGUCAUACCAGUUUGUAUAGGAAUUUCUGGGAUACUUAUUCUCAGCUAUUGCAUUUGGAUGGGCAGGACAAGAACACAAGGUAAAAUCUUACAGUACUCAGAUGCUCAUUCCCACCAAGCUUCUAAUGGAGUUAUUUUGUGGAACUUCUUUCUUAUUCUUAUAACUAAGAAAAGAUGAAUAACUCUGUUUUUCAGUUUUGUUUUCUGAACAGAGAAGCUAUUGUGAUUGCAGUGUACAAAUCUUGCAUUGGUGGAAAAUAAGUGAGGGGACAAACUACACUUAGAACCUUUGAACUAUGCCCCUAAUUUUACAUUACCCAUCAAACUAUCAAGUAUUUUCUUUUUGCAUUUUAAACUAUUAGUUAGCAUUUCACAAUAAAUCAGUUAAAAACAAAAUCCCAACAAUGGUACCGUAAAUUUACUUUUCAAGAAUGUGACAUGUGGAAAGUUUUCUUAUAUUUUUAUUUCACUCUACUUUAUCAUAUCGCUUGCCCUGUACCCUUUAAAUAAUAUAAAACACACACACACACAUAUAUAUGCACAUUACAACAUUGCACAUUACACAUUGUAUACGAGCAUAAUGUUUUAAGAUAGGACCUUCAACAUUGGAUAAACUAUAUGAUGGCGCAACCAUUGAACGGUUGGACCGAUAUGAUGGGACCUAGGAGCCUGGGCGGAAGGCAAAAUGUUUUUGGUCCAAAGGGAAAUACACGAAGUAGAUUUGUUAAAAUUUUUAUUUGAUACUUUUUGUUAUUUAUUAUUAAAAUUUUUAGUAAAAUAGUAUCUAUCAGAUUAAGACUACUAGGGAUAAACAAAGUAGCAGAGUAGUUUAGUUAGGCACGACACUAGGUCUAUAAAUAAGGAUAUAAUUCCAUUAUUUUGAUUAGAGUUGAAUUUUAAUUUGAGAAUUCUAUGUGAAAAAAUUGUGUUUCUUGAUCUAAUCUUUGCGAGAAUUCGGUAAUCCAAUCUUCUUCCCUUCCCUCCUUGCAUCCCUGCAUAUUAGAUUUUAUGAAAAUAUUCAAUUCUAAAUAAACUUGAAAGUAGAGUCGCUCAAGUUUUCUAUAUUUCUUAAUCAUAUCUUUUUUGGGAAGAACAUUAUUUCGUUAUAGGAUAAAUAUCAUAAUUAAUUCCUAAAUUUUGUCUCUUAUUCCAAAAUGGUCCUUGAACUUUAGAUUAUAGUAAUUUUGUCCCUCAACCAUCAAUUGCGGGUCGAUAAAGUGGUUCCAUUUAUUUUACCGGUCUGAAAAAAUUAAAGACGCAUGACGUGAACAACCACAUGACAAACAUAUAUGUUUGUCUAAUUUGUUCUAAAAGUUAAAAUACACAAAAGGAUUAUUUUAGUAGUCUAAAUUAUUAGUUGAAGGGCUAAACUGACACAGUUGAAAGUUUAGGGACCAUUUUAAAAUAGUCGGAAAAGUUUUAGACUAAUUGUAACAUGUACCCUUGAUUAUAUAUUUCUUAUAUUUUAAGCUUUUAAGAAAAGAAAUUCAUUUUUUAAAUGUGGUUUAAUUCAAAUACUGUAAUUGCCCACCUAUAUUCAUACAAUACCACUUGUUUACUUUAUUUUAUUUAUUUUCUUGGUGCUCUCUGUAACAAGUAUUGAGUCGUUGUUUAUACUACAGCUAACAAUGGUCAUAGAGAAGAAAGUUCGAAUGAAGAUUUGGAUUUACCAUCAUUUGACUUAACUGUUGUAUCUAUCGCUACUGAUAACUUUUCAAUAAACAACAAGCUUGGAGAAGGUGGUUUUGGACCUGUUUUUAGGGUAAGUUUGCUAUAUGC